AUGCAGGAGGCGUUUCUCUCCGCUGUGCUGCUCCCUCUCACCGAGAAGAGUGGUGAGGUGGAGAGGGUCGAGGAGCUACUAAGUAUGCUGGAGCACUUCUUCGUUGAUGCCUUCAAGCUGAGUCCUUCGUCCGACAACAAUCGUAACGCUGAUCCCCCGACUGGGGCCGGGGGUGUCUCGGGUUCCUUGUUUGCCUCCACCUCAGCGUCGCUAGACGCGGGCGAGGAGGCGAAGCUGCUCGCCGUGCGGGCCGUGGCAAACUUCCACCGCAGGGGAGCGGCUCGUCACGGCGCCUUCUUUCGGACGCGUGACUACCACCCACAUGCGGCCCUCUUUAUUCUCGAGCUUCUCAAGUCUCUCAAUGGCAACUCGAAGCACUGGUUUCGGCAGCUGCAGCUGGACAGCCUAGAUGCUUGCCUGGCCAUUUUGGAGGUGACAGGGACGGAGAACGUGCGACUGUGUCUUCCCGGCGUGGUGUCGGUGGCUGUGCGCUACAUCCACCGCGCUCAUCACGGCAAGGACUCGAUCAAGGUGUGCCUGACCGCGAUCAAGGUGCUUUGCACCGCACUGACAAUUUCGUUUGCCACUGCGGAGCCGGUGGCGUGGGUGCAGGACACCGCCGUCCACUUGACUAGCGCGCUGCGCUCCAUUUUGGAUCCCGCAGUGCUCGUUCGGAGUGCUCGCGCUCCCGUCACGGUUGCCGCGCUGAAGUCGCUCAUCGUCUCGGUGCUGUUGUCGUCGGCCAUGACGGAGCUCGCCAACACGCCUCUGAGUUCGCUGCUGAUGGUGGCCUACGCGAUUGUGGAGAACAUGGAUCACCUGCACCACCUCGGCGACGACGUCGUUGGCGCAGCAGAGGCGACCUCUUCGGUUAUGUGCACCAGCAGCAGUCUGUGCAGCUCUACGGAUGACACAGGCAUGUGCACCUUGAUGGGCAGCUCCUGGGCCGUGCUUGCCAUCUCCGAGGCGCUACAGUACCUGAGAGGGGUGGAGCUGCUUCAUCUCGCCACGACGGUUGCACGGGCACCAGGCCUGCGCGACCGCUUUUUCCCCUUGCAGGUGCCGCCGCAGACGGCGUCGUCAACAGCAGAGUCACCGGACGUCAGGGAGUCGGCGGUUGCCAUCUUCUCGUCUGUCGUUCGCAAGUGCGUCCGCGUUGUUGGCACCGAGAUGGACGAGGCGGCCCUGUACACCCACCGCCGCCCGCGUAAAUACCCCGCUGGUGUUGUGGAUGAGUUUCUUUUCUGCCUCGCUGGUGCCCUCGCCAGAUUUCCGACGGCUGCUACGCUGACGCCGCAAAGCCGCGUCGGCGCCGACGACCUCGGUGACGAUGACGAGACCGUUGGAGAGCGCUUGACGAACGCGCUGCUCAGCGAGUAUGAAGCAGUGUUGCAGGACUGGGACGCCUACGCGGUGCACCCAGCCGUAUUGUACGUGCUUUCGCGGCUUGUUGUGUGGCAGUUUCACCCCGCGCACGCCCUUCACAAUCUGCCACGCUGCUCUCCUCCCACGACGGGUGUGGUGGCCCCCGAUGGUGAGGCGAUGGAGUCUUGCAUGUACCCGCAGCCAGCGGACCUCACUGCGGGGCCGUUCGAGCAGCUCUGGAGCAUUAUGGCGCAGCCCCAUCUCUGGGCCAUCACUAAAGAUGGGGAACUGUGCACCUACCAACAAGUGCACCAUCGGCAAGUGGUCGCUGCCACCCUGCUGCGCUUUCUCGCCUUGUCAGCCGAAGUGCUCGCCUGCGGUGGCGGGGCCACGAGCGAGGGGUCGAAUGCGGAGCGGGCCGAGGCCCUCGAGCGUCUCUUCACCUUGACUCUCUACCUUGUCCUCGAGAAGGCCACUGCCAGUGGGAUACUGCAUGAGGCGGCAAUGCACUGCGUCGAGGUGUACAGCGCCGCCUGCGGAGAGGCAGACACCCUGCUGUUCCUGCUGCGUCACUCCGCCCUCAUCGUGGAUGAGACGGCGCGGGCAGUGAGAGAGGAGCAUCUGCGGCCUGCGGCAGCAAGUGUUCUGCGCGGCAGUCUCGCUUUGUUGGAGUGUCGCUUCGUUCGAGGAGGAGAGGGUAGCAGCAGUGACCGCGCAGCGUCGGGUUGCAGCGGGGCCAGUCUCACUACUCUCGUGCGUCAACGACUCUCCGUGACCGCGAUGUCGGCCAGCUUCACACGGGCGUCCGCUAAGGCGCCCUCCCUAGAAGAGGCUGCACAGGUGGCUGACUUUGUGGCGAGUACUAUUCACGUGGCGCGUGACACCCUCCAGCUAUGCAGCCGCUACAACAGCACGGCUGCCGCAGAGGAUGUGAUUGGCCGCAGAGCUGCCUUGACUCUCCUGCGCGACGCGUUGGACCUCGCAGCGUACCUCAACUACUGUGUCCCCCAGGAGGCUAUGGAUGAAGAGCAGGAGCGUCGCACCACCUCGGCGCAUACUCGCGUGCGGACACUUCAGUUGGUGGUGCUGGAGGCUGUGUACGCAGUGUUGCAGCACUGCACGCUGCACGACCAAGUCACCGUCACUGCUGUGCAGACAGCGGUGCGCGGCCUCACGUGUUUCCUGACAACCACUGCUGCUCUGACAUGGGCCGAUGUGACGCGGAAGCGCCUCAUGGACGAGGCGGCAGAGCGUCGCCGGUCGACGCAGCGUGGUCGACGCGGCGGGCAAAAAGCGCGCCUCAUGGCGAGCGAGGUAGAAGAGGAUGACGCGGCCGACGAUGAAUGCGACGAUGACCCCGGCAGGACUCCCCUUCCAACCCCGCCUCCCAUCGACUGGCCAUGGACGCAUUACACGCCGACUGCCGUGGCCGCGGCGGAGGCGGCGACCGGCGUCAACAUUGGGCUGCCUCGCAGCCACCUCCACACUGUCUACCGCGUGUACCUCUCCCUCUUUGCGCUGCUGCGAGAGCCCAUGGCUGCCUUUGGGGCCGUCGCAGCCGAGCCGCACGCCCGUGCUGGAAUGGAGCGGCGCAAGCUCGGCGACGUUGCCGUUUCCCCGGCGCUGUUUGAGACGCUGAACGGGCUCGAGGCGAUUCGCCUUCUCGCCUGCGAUUUUCUGCUGCAUCGCAUGGUGGAAGAGGUGCUGCCGCUGGUUCUCUUGUGGCACGAGCGGGCGUGUCUCUCCCGCAUUCCGACCCACACGGAGGAGCGUGCCAAGCUGGCGACGCAGCAGUUUGUGGAGCGCCUCUACGAGGACUGCAAUGACUCUGUCGACUUGCAAGAGUCGAUGAUUGCCAAGUGCCGCUGCUUCGAUUUGCUCCCUACCCCGUCUCAAGAGCCGGUGCUUUCUCAUCCGCAGCCGUGA